CAAACAGCUGACGCCACAAGAAGAGGGAGAGGAAGAUGGAAAGUUGAAGUUUGUCGUUGUGUGUCCCGUGACCCGCAUGACCUCGAGCCUGGUGUGACCUCAGAGUGCCACCAUGGUCCUGAACAACGUGCUGGUGCUGUCACAGGUCACCACGUACCUCCUGGCGCUCCUCUUGGCACUGUGCAAUAUUCCUAUCUCAUUCCACCUCGGGGACUUCAAAGGCCACUGUCUACUGUUCAGCAAUGGGACAUGGGGGGAGACUGGCCAGCUGAAAGUCUCCUGGGCAUCUCAAGGGUUCUGUGACUACAAUGUGGGCUGGGCCGGUGUGUCGCUCCUGGUCUCCCUGGUUCAGAUUUACCGGUUCGUGGCUCAGCUCUGCACUGGGACUGAAAGUACCUUCCUGAGUGCGUUCUUUGAUGUGGUGGUGAGCCUGGUGAUGUCCCUGGCAGCCAUCAUCGGGGCACUCAUCAUCACCAUUGGAUACCAGACCUGGUGCAACACUAUCAUGAUGAGAUUUGAGGCGUGUGAGGACGCUACAAUUAACACCAUCGAUAAAGAGGACGACAUCGACACUCGCAUGUUCUACACACAGUUCGGCACGGCACAGUUUGGCGCGUGGACGUCGUGGGUGUGCUGGGUCGGCUUGACGAUGUUUGCCAUGCUGAAGCUGUGCAAGUACCACCAGCAGGAGAACAUUAGGGUGUCCAUGGCCAGGGAACGCGCUCGUCUUGUCUCCGAUCGGCACUCUCAGAUUAGCGGAUGAUCAAACGACUCUUGUGUUUCCAUUUUCUAGUUUUCAUGUUUAUUUUUUUUUUUUCUGUGGUCAGAGUUGAUAAGUUUUCUAUCUAUUUUUGUUUCUCUCAGUUUUUCCUUUUUUUCCUAUCUUUUCUUUAUUUUUUCCUACUUUUUUCA